CUUUCUUUCCAAGGAGGGUUAUCGGAGUCUGCAUAUUCGUCAAAAUUGUGAAUGCAAGGAAAAACUGUACAGAGAGAAGGUAAGUAAACAAAGAAGGAAGAAGAAAAAGAUAGCAGAAGAGUGAGAACAUGGUGAAGGUUCGAAUGAACACGGCCGAUGUGGCUGCAGAGGUGAAAUGUCUCCGCAAGCUCAUUGGCAUGCGAUGCUCCAAUGUGUAUGAUCUCUCACCAAAGACUUAUAUGUUCAAGCUUAUGAAUAGUAGUGGAAUCACAGAGUCUGGGGAGAGUGAAAAGGUUCUAUUGUUGAUGGAAAGUGGUGUAAGAAUGCACACAACUGCAUAUGUGAGGGAUAAAAGCACAACUCCUUCUGGGUUUACACUCAAAUUGCGGAAACACAUACGCACCAGAAGGCUUGAAGAUGUUCGUCAACUUGGAUAUGAUCGUGUUAUUGUUUUCCAGUUUGGACUGGGUUCAAAUGCUCACUAUGUUAUCUUGGAGUUGUAUGCUCAAGGAAAUAUCCUUCUGACUGACUCAGAUUACGUUGUGAUGACAUUGCUUCGCUCACAUAGGGAUGAUGAAAAGGGAUUAGCUAUAAUGUCACGUCACCGCUAUCCUGUUGAGUAUUGUCGUGUUUUUGAGAGAACGAGUUUUACUAAGAUGAAAAAUGCUUUAACCUGUUCAAAUUCAACCGAGAAAGAUGACUUUCAGUCUCUUGAGGGCGAUGGUCACAAGACUAGCAAUAUUGAUGGGAAAGCAAUGGGUACACACAAGAAGGCUGGUGAUGGUGUGAAGAUUAAAAAAGCCACAUUGAAGACUGUUCUUGGAGAGUCUUUAGGUUAUGGACCUGCACUAUCUGAGCACAUUAUUUUGGAGGCUGGCUUGCUUCCAAACAUGAAGGUUGGAAAUGAGAAUGGGGCCACUGUAGAUGAGAAUACACUGAGAACCCUGGCUUCAGCCAUUGAUAAGUUCGAAGACUGGCUCGAGGAUGUUAUUUCUGGUGAGACAGUCCCUGAAGGCUACAUCCUAAUGCAGAGCAAAACUUCAGGAGAUAGGAAAGGCAUGUCAUCUCAAGAGAGCUCGGACCAGGUCUAUGAUGAAUUCACACCAAUUUUAUUGAACCAAUUCAAAUCAAGGCAACAUAUGAAGAUGGAAACAUUUGACGCAGCUUUAGAUGAGUUCUACAGUAAAAUCGAAAGUCAAAAGGCAGAGCAACAGCAAAAAACCAAGGAGGGAUCUGCUUUACUAAAACUAAAUAAGAUACGGGCGGAUCAGGAAAAUCGUGUACAUACAUUGAAGAAAGAAGUUGAUCGGUGCGUUGCUCUGGCAGAGUUAAUUGAGUACAAUCUCGAAGAUGUUGAUGCUGCUAUCUUAGCAGUUCGUGUUGCUCUUGCAAAUGGGAUGGAUUGGGAGGAUCUCGCACGUAUGGUGAAGGAAGAGAAAAAGUCCGGAAAUCCUGUGGCAGGACUUAUAGAUAAACUCCAUCUUGAAAGAAAUUGCAUCACUUUGCUUUUGAGCAACAAUCUUGAUGACAUGGAUGAGGAGGAGAAGACCCGUCCUGCAGAUAAGGUUGAAGUUGAUUUAGCACUUUCUGCACAUGCAAAUGCUCGCCGGUGGUAUGAACUUAAGAAACGUCAAGAAAAUAAGCAGGAAAAGACCAUCACAGCACAUGAGAAGGCUUUUAAAGCAGCUGAGAGGAAAACACGCCUCCAACUUUCUCAGGAAAAAACUGUCGCUGCCAUAUCACACAUGCGCAAGGUUCACUGGUUUGAAAAAUUCAAUUGGUUUGUUAGCAGUGAAAAUUAUUUGGUUAUAAGUGGUCGUGAUGCACAACAAAAUGAGAUGAUAGUGAAGCGAUAUAUGCUCAAGGGGGAUCUGUAUGUCCAUGCUGACCUCCAUGGAGCUUCAAGUACUGUGAUAAAAAAUCACAAGCCAGAACAGCCAAUACCACCACUUACCUUGAAUCAAGCUGGAUGCUUCACUGUAUGCCAUAGCCAAGCUUGGGAAUCCAAGAUUGUUACAAGUGCUUGGUGGGUCUAUCCUCAUCAAGUGAGCAAGACUGCACCCACAGGAGAAUAUCUUACUGUAGGAAGUUUCAUGAUUCGUGGGCGGAAGAACUUUCUUCCUCCUCAUCCUCUUAUUAUGGGUUUUGGCAUACUAUUUCGUUUAGAUGAAAGUUCCCUUGGGUCACAUCUAAAUGAAAGAAGGGUUAGAGGUGAGGACGAAGGGUUGCAAGAUGUGGAGGAGAAUGGUUCUCGUGUGGAACCAAUGGAUUCAGGAUCUGAUGAGGAAAACGAAGUGGAGAAGAGAAGUGAGGAGCUUAAUACUAACUCAGACAUAUCAAUAAAUCACUCCAAAAUAACAUCAAAUGGCCCAAUUGCGAGUGCGUUUGAAAGUGCUACCUCAAUUGAGCUUGAUAAUAAACUUUUCUCAAAGAAAGAGUUAUCUGAACCGCGCAUGCUUCCCCAGCUCGAUGUGCUUAUUGACAGGGCUCUAGAGCUUGGAUCUAAGCAAAUAAGGGGCAAUCUUCAUGGGCUUCAACAAGAUACCCAAUCAGAUGACCAGGAUGAAAUUCCUGAAGAAGGAAAAGAGGCUCAAAGGGCAAAACCUUACAUUUCGAAGGCAGAGAGAAGGAAACUCAGAAAGGGUCCAGAAAGUGGUACUGGUUCUACUGAAGAGCAUGGAAAGAAAGAAAGCAACGAAAAUCAUUGGUCAAAUCCAACACCUCCUAAAACUAUCGAAAACCCAAAACCAACUGGAGGGAAGGUGAGUCGUGGACAGAGAGGAAAGCUUAAGAAAAUCAAGGAGAAGUACGCCGAGCAGGAUGAGGAGGAAAGGAAAAUUCGUAUGGAACUUCUUGCAUCUGCUGGAAGAGCACAAAAGGAUGUAAACGAGUCAACAGAGAAGAGAGAUGGGGUUACUGGAAAUUACAGUGUUUCUACGACGGAUCAUGAGGAUAUCACAAAGAUAUGCUACAAAUGUAAAAGGCCUGGCCACCUUUCUCGAGAAUGCCCAGAGAAUAUUGAUGAUGCCGAUAACAGUACUGUGACCAUGCAUAGUGGUGUAGAUACUGAGCCUUCAGACAGAAUGUUACUCGAGGAAGAUGAUAUUCAUGAGAUAGGUGAAGAAGAGAAAGUUAAAUUAAAUGAUGUGGACUACCUGACUGGCAACCCUCUCCCAAAUGAUAUUCUACUGUAUGCUGUACCAGUCUGUGGUCCUUAUAGUGCCGUACAAACAUAUAAGUAUCGAGUGAAGAUCACUCCAGGAAUGGCUAAGAAAGGAAAAGCUGCAAAAACUGCUAUGAAUCUGUUUAGCCAUAUGCCAGAAGCAACGGGCAGGGAGAAGGAGCUCAUGAAAGCGUGUACAGAUCCGGAGCUUGUGGCGGCAAUAAUUGGCAAUGUAAAGAUCACGGCAGCAGGUCUCACUCAGCUUAAACAAAGACAAAAGAAAGGAAAGAAGAACAGCAAACAAGAUGAAUAGUACACAGUAACCUGGUGAUAAAUGACCUAGAGUUUUUCCUGUAUCCUACUUAGAGCAAUUUUGAGUGAAGAAAAGUAAGAUGCCUUCACGCUUAAAAAUGUUUUAUGUAAGGAAAAUUCAUGUAUAUCUUUAUGUUUAUGUGGUCGCCUAGUAAAAAUGAAAUGUUGGUGCGUGGCUUGAGUACGAUUUUGUUAGUUGCAUAUGCUGCUAUUACACCAAGGGUAUAAUUGUUUUUUGUA